UGGUAUGAUUUCUUUUAGGCGUAUAUUUUUUUGCGGACGCAGCAGGCUACAGGGAAGAAAACAGCGAAAAUGGGGAAAUUAACGCACGCAUCAUAUAAAAGAUAUGCGAAAGUGAGUCGUAUGACUUAGUUUCACGAUUCUUGUGCGUUUGAGACGUCGUUACGUUUGUUACGCAUGCGCCGGAGUUUUUGUAAGCCGUCAAAGAUGUUGUUCCUCGUUCUAUUACCCUUGUUUUGCGUCGGCGGCGCGCUCACCCAAACGGUACACGAACCUAUGACCGAGCAUAUUUACUUUUAUCCACGACCCGGCGAUGAGGCGUCGCAUAAUAUUUACGUCAAACCCACAGAUCUUAUAACGCGUCAUCGCUUACAGCUUGUAACGGACUGGCCCUAUCCGGGCGUUAUGGGUGGACAUGUACACAAACCCAUCGAUUUGGUCGCCACCGCCGAGGUUAGCUCGCAGCCCAUUUUCUUUCGCCGCCGUGACAAUCUCGCCAAUGUCAAACUCAAGCCGAAGCAGAAUAUCUUGUAUCUACAAUUGCCGAUGUUGACACAGAGUAAUCUACAUAAUCCUAGUGAAAGUGAGAAUAAAGUUGUAUAAUAAGAUCCAAAUAUAUAUUUUUCUAUCGAAAUUAA